AUGAUACGACCAUGUUUUUUAUUCACGUAUGUAGUAAAAAUCUCUAUUCUGAUACAAAAAAUCCAAGGUAAAACUGAAUAUGAUACAUACUUUCAUGUAUUUUCAAAAGAAAAUAUCGAUAAACCUAUAUCAAUACUAUGGACAAAUAAUAAGAAAUGGUCACAAGAAAAAUCAUUUAAAGAUUGUUCAAUUAAAUUAAUAGCUCAUGGUUAUGCUGAACGAUGGAAUAUGGAUUGGAGAUGGGAUUGGGUUAAAGAAAUAAAAGAUGAAUUACUUAGUUCUAAAACAAAGGAAAAUCUUUGUGUUAUUGCUAUCGAUUGGGAAAAAGGUGCUCGAGAAAUUAAUUUUAUUACAGCUGUUGGUAAUGCUGAUAUAGCUGGACAACAUGUAGCAGAAUUUAUUCAAAAUAAUAAUAUUGAUCCUAAACUUUUACAUUGUAUUGGAUUUAGUCUUGGUGCUCAUCUUUGUGCAUUUGCUUCUAAUAAUUUAUUUAUAAUAUCAAAUAAAAAAUAUAAAUUUGCACGUAUAACUGGUCUCGAUCCUGCUGGUCCACUUUUACGGAAAGCUUCUAUUGAUAAACGUUUAUCACCUGAUGAUGCUGAUUUUGUUGAUUGUAUUCAUACAUCAGCAACAUUUGGUUUGCAAGAAAAAAGUGGACAUAUGGAUUUUUUUCCUGAUGGUGGGAAUAGUAAUGCACAAGGAUGUGAAAAACUUCUUCAUAUUAAAGACGAUUAUGAUGUUAAGAAACGUUAUAAUAUUAAAAGAUUGUUUUUUGGUGAAAGUCAAAAAGAAGAUUUAGAUAGUAGUGAAAGUCUACCAGAGAAAAGUUUCAUUGAAAAGCUACGUGAUCAACUAGGAUAUAUAACUUCAUUAAAGGACGUUUUUCUUAAUGUUCAUGCUUAUAUUGGUUGCAAUCAUCUUCGAUCACCACAUUAUUUUAUAUCAUCAAUUCAUAAGUGUAUAUUUCGCGCACAACUCUGUUCAUCAUGGUCGGAUUAUUUAUUAAAAAAAUGUAUUGAUCCAAUUGAUAAUGAUUUAACUUAUCCUCGUAUGGGUUAUCAUGCUGAUCAAAGUGAUCCUAUAUAUAGACAUGGGAAUGGUAGCUUCUUUUUAAAAACAAUACCAAAAGAACCUUAUUGUUCACACUCAUUAUAA